AAUGUGGGAUUUUCGAAAGGAACAGCAAGUAAUUUGAGGAAGCCCCCACAAAGGAGAAAGAUUAGAUGGAAAUAGCAGGGGAAUGGGGCCCAGGGUGGUAGUGUCCAUCAGAUGAGGUGAGUGAUCAGAAGAGGAACCUGGCAUGGACAGAGAUGGGGGCAAUAGGAAUUGGGAACAGAAUGAGAUAGGGCUGGGUGUCUUGUGGAGUGAACUGAGGCUGGUGUCUACCCACCGCCACUCCCUAGAUCCUUAGGCCCUCAUAGGGACCUUUGCCCCACCACACCCCAGUUCUGAUAGCUUGUCUCUGCCAGGACAAGUCUGCCGUCUGCUCUGAGCUACCAGGCCCAACCAGGAGCUCAGGCCCAGCUGGGACCCAUCCCUUUGGAGCAGCCGCUUCAGACUAGGCUAGGAAGCACCGAGUCCUAGUGGUCAAGGGAGCCAUGGAGGAGAGAGCUGGUCAGCAAGAGCAAGAAAGACCCAGCCUUCGUCUGGAAAGGCUACAGCACUGGGCGAGGCAUAGGCAGAGUGGGCACCUCUUGGUGCUGGCGGUGAGCCAGCUAUGGCUGGCAGUGGCUGUGGUGCCCUUUGCUAUCUCAGUUGCCUGCCUGAACUCUGCAUGUCAUGUGGCCACAGCACUGCCACUUGGACCUGGACUAUUUGGUCUCCUCACUGGGAUUGUUACCCUUGAGCUGCGCAGAGCACCCCGCCUCUGGAAGGUGCAGGCCAUGAUGAUAUUCAACACCUUCAAUCUGAUCUUGGGCUUCAUUGCACUGAUGGUCGAGGUGCUGAAGACAGCCUUGAUGUCUUCCCCAGCUGUCCCCUCCCAGCUAGCCGGCUUGCUGGUGAUGGAGCUCAGCGCUGAGGCGUUCACCCUAGGUGGAGUGCUGGUCUCAGCAUACUCCCUGUUCCUGUUGAGCCAGAGGAAGCCAGGAUGCUGCAGGAGCCAGAGUCUGCACUACCAGGAGCUGCAGGAGGGUCUCUCGGAGUUGGAAGAAGUUCCUGAUUUAGAGAAUGGUCCCACGGCAGCUAGCACAGCAGACAGAACAAAUGAGUGAGCUGGCAAGGAGAAGCAGACAGGUGCUGCUCUCCUACCCGACGGGCGCCUUCUCCAGACCCUCCUGCACCCCAUCCCACCGAACUUAAAACUAGAUGGAGUCCCUUGAGACCUACAUGAAGUCUGGUGAAGUGCCUUCCGUUUCCACUCAGAGUAGGCCCCUGUCUCUUCUCUUUCCUGCUGGGGAAAACAAUGCCUAGACCUAGUCUUCCAUCACCUCACUGCCCCGAAAAUCUGCCCGCCUGGAGGACACCUUAAACCAGCAUUCACCUAGACCCAUUUCCUCCCUUCCAGCCUUCCUCUCCUUCCCGACUGCCUCCCCAUACAGCUUCACAUCCGCCUCAUCUCACUAUUUCCACAAUUUCCACCUUUCACAAUCCCAUCCACUCCAAGCCCGGGUUCCCGUACACGCCCACCCUCUGAAAUCAAUUCACAGGUGCCUUGGUUCUCUCCUUUCGAUCCGGUUCCUUUCUACUCUAACGGAGACUACAAGUCCCAGGAUGCCCCGCUGUCCCCCGUGGCCUGCUGGGAAAUAAAGAGCCUUCCCUCCGCGGUGGGGGCGCUAUUCAUCGGCUGAGUGACGCGAGGCACUGGAAGUCGGGGCCUAGCCGAGAGUUUCCUCGGACGCGACCACUGGCCCCGCGAGCAGGGAGGAGCUGGGCGGGCUAUUCUACGCGGGGGCGCCACCACCCCAACCUCGUAGUUAUUCUAAAGUGCAUCUGGAAGAAUAAACAAAUGAUAAUGAAAGAGAAAGAGAAAAGAAAGGAAGAAGAAAGGGCUUCUAACCUGAAGAGUAAAAAGUUAACCAAUGUACACUGUGACCUAGAUUACAGCUGAUGACCUCUCUGCCCAUCAAAAUCAUAAUGACAUUAGAGAAUUUCCUCAAGCAAAUCUGAAAUCUUGGUCUUCUGGAUGUUGAUAUACUUGGAGAAUUGAUUUCAGAUGUACCCUUGACACACAGGAAUAUUCGGGGGCUUUAUCGGAAGAGCUGGUAUGGGCUAGGCAGAAAUCGAACAAACGCGGUGAAAGGCAAUUUUGUGAAGGCUGGGAUGGAAUCCUCACCCUAAGCAGAUUGCAUCAUAGGCAGCUGAGUGCCUUUGUGAGCUCUGAACACCAGAGAUAACUCUCACAUUGAUAGAGUGGUGCUGUGUCUUCUCUAUUUAGGAAUCUUUAUUCAGUUCAUUUCUCACACCCUUCACUUACAGUUAAGGAAUUUGUGCCCUUUAUUUGUGUGUCUGUUAGCUUGUUUCACAUUAAAAUCAUUUGGGGCACCAAUACUCAAAGUUUCAGGUGUGUGUGCCUUUUAUAAACAGCAUAUAUCUAGAAUAUUCUCUUUUAACAAAUCAGAGUAUCUCUGUUUUUAUAUAGGUGAGAUUUUGUUUUUUUGGUUUUCUCUCUUUCUUUAAAAAUAACU